AUGGCUUUCGCCGGGCCCGAGCUGCAGUGGAAGUGGGUAGAGCUCCAUGACUUGGUCUCGCUUCGUGCUGUAGAAAGGAAGACUCACACAGCUGCCGGUGCGGCAGUCAGGUCGAGGCAGUGGAGGCUCCACAGUCGCCCCCGAACACAGCACCACUCUCGGCUGGACGAGCACAAGCUGCAUUACGCCGCGUGGGAUGGACGCAUGGAGCACGUUAAGGCCCUUGUGGACUGCGGUGUCCCUGCUAACAGCCCAGAUCCUCGUGGCUGGACGGCCAUCCACCAUGCUGCCUUCAGAGGACAUCUCGCACUGCUCAGGUUCUUGCUUCACAGCAGUAAAAUGGACGUGAACUGCACAGAUCUAUUCGGCUGCACCCCAUUGCACCGCUCCUGCAUGGGAGGCAACAAAGACGCCACUGAGUACCUUCUCCAGAAGGGAGCGUCCCACGAGGCACGGUCCAGUUGUGGCCAAACGCCCCUCCACCUGGCUGCGGCUGGUGGGCACCUGGGCACGGCACGGACACUGCUACAGCACCUGGCAUCUCCUGAUGUGCUGGACUCACGCAGGUGGACGCCACUGCACUGGGCUGUAUUCGGGGGUUGGGGUGAUGUGGCCGAGAUGCUCCUUGAUAACGGGGCAGAGUUGGAAGGGCCGAGUGGAGUGGGUACAAGUCCCCUGCAGCUGGCUGUGAUGGUCGGCAACGAAGCAGCCGUCAGGCUAUUACUUCAGCGAGGAGCCGAUGCCAACCUCAGAGGUUCUAACGGGCGAACAGCACUGCACCUGUGCGCCUGCUCUGCUAAGAAGAAGAUCCUGCAGCACCUACUAGCUGCUGGGGCAAAGGUGUGUGUGAGGGACAGGGAUCAGGCCGCUCCACUACACCUGGCCGCCCUAAGUGGCUCUGGAGCUGUUCUCCACCUCCUCAUCCUGAACGGAGCUGGGCUGGAGGACAGGGACAGCCUUCACAUGACGCCACUGCAUUACUCCACACUGAAGGACAAUGCUGAAGCAGCAAAGCUCCUGCUCCAUUAUGGAGCAGAUGUGGAUGCCACUGAAAGGCUGGGGAGGACCCCGCUACACCUGGCCACAGAAAGAGGACACUGCAAGGUUUUGAGUGUUUUGUUGGAGAGGGGCGCAGAUCCGUCCAUUAAGACAAAGUGGAGGGAGACGGUGGAGGACUUGGCUAGGACACACAAGCAGUACGGGACCCUUAAAGUGCUCCAGGAGCACAAGAAACCACCGGGAAGAUCUCAAACUCCAGGCCACACUGUUACAGAGAGCGUUUGGUAA